AUGUUCGACAGCUCGCAGUAUCCCUACAACUGCUUCAACUACGACGCCGACGACUACCCAGCCUGCAGCUCCGACGAGGAGAAGCGGCUCACGCGGCCUGCGUACAGCUACAUCGCGCUGAUCGCCAUGGCCAUCCAGCAGAGCCCCGCGGGCAGGGUGACCCUGUCCGGUAUCUACGACUUCAUCACGCGGAAGUUCCCCUACUACCGCGCCAACCAGCGUGCCUGGCAGAACUCCAUCCGCCACAACCUGUCGCUCAACAGCUGCUUUGUCAAGGUGCCGCGGACCGAAGGCCAUGAGAAGGGCAAAGGCAACUACUGGACGUUCGCAGGCGGCUGCGAGUCGCUGCUGGACCUCUUCGAGAAUGGCAACUUCCGCAGGCGGCGCCGGAGACGCUGCCCCAAGCGUGAGGGGCCCCCGGGUCCCCCUGGGGAGCAGGACGCGGGCAGGUCCCCAGACCCCAACAGAGCGCGCGUCCCCCACGGAGAACCCCCGGCCACCGCAAGCCCCGCUGCCCACAGAGACAUCAAAUUCAGCAUCGAUUACAUCCUCUCCUCCCCAGACCCCUUUCCCACGCUCAGGUCGCCCUAUCUGACACAGGAGGCCAAAUGCCCCCCACUGGAACCGCAGCAAAUGAACCUCCACUUUCGGGCAAUGUGA